GGGUGAGCGGGGAGGUGGCGGCGGGGAGCCCCGCUGCAGCCCCCUUUCAGCCGAGCGGCCGCGAGAAGCUCCGCGAAGACGCGGGAUCUCGCGAGACACGCGAGUGCGGCUCAACUUGUGGAGGGGCUGCGGGGCGCACGGGGUCGGUGCGCGUCGGGGGCUCUGGUUGCGUGGGCGUCCUCGGCGGCGGCGGCGCUGCGGGGCCUGGUGUUCGUGCGCGUCAGCCUCUGCUCGGACACGGCCGCUCCCCUAGUCUAGCACGGGAUUGGACAUAUGCGAAUUCCCUUCCAAUUCUGUUUCAGGUCACUUAUACUUAAAAAACUCAGUGGUGAGAAUGUCAAGUCAAAUGGCCGUAGUAAAAGUCUGCUUGCAAGCAUUGGAAUAAGUUUUGUAAAGGAUCAUUUUGUAACAUGGAUUCUCUAACAGAAGAAUUUUUUGUGAGUGAAAAUCCUGAUGUGGAGGAGCAAACCAAGGAAGAAACUGAAAAUAAUGUAGAGAAACCAGUCAGUCAACUGGACAAAGAGAAAAAGGAUAUACCUACAGAUCUUGACCCUGUUAACCCAUUAUUAGAAAUAAAGAAGCUAUUAAAUGCAAUCAGUGCUCUACCCAAAGGUGUGGUCCCUAAUGUUGAAAAGUUCAUACAAGAAGAUUUCUCCUUCCAGACUCUGCAGAGGGAAGUUUCAGCUAAUAGCCAGACUGGGGAAGAAACUGUUCCUGCUUUAACAUUACAGUUUUUAAUAACACAACUGGAAACAGCACUUAGAAACAUUCAAGCUUCUAAUUGUACUGUACACCAAAUUAAUAUUGAUUAUUACUUGACAUUACUAUUUUUGUAUGGAGUAGCACUCACUGAAAGAGGAAAGAAAGAGGACUUCAUAGAAGCUGAAAAUAAGUUUCUAGUGAUGAAGAUGGUGAUCCAAGAAAAUGAAAUUUGUGAAAACUUUAUGACUUUAGCUUAUUUUGGACGUGGUUUACUUCGAUGCGCUCAGAAGAGGUAUAAUGGAGGACUACUAGAAUUUCACAAAAGCUUGCGAGAAAUAGGAGAUACAGAUGAUGAUUGGUUUGACGUAGAUCCUACAGAUGAUGAAGAUUUCCCUACAACUUUCAAAGAUGUUCUCGAUAAUUUUAUCCAAACAACUGAAAGUAAUAUAAUGAAACAGACCAUUUGCAGUUAUCUUGAUUGUGAGCGCUCUUGUGAAGCUGACAUUUUAAAGAACACCAACUAUAAGGGAUUUUUUCAGCUAAUGUGCAGUAAAAGUUGCUGUGUUUACUUCCAUAAAAUUUGUUGGAAAAAGUUCAAGAACUUAAAGUAUCCAGGAGAAAGUGAUGAGAGUUUUAGUGGGAAAAAAUGUUUGAAAGAUGGAUGUGCAGGUGACAUGGUAAGGAUGCUACAAUGCGAUGUACCUGGAAUUGUCAAAAUUUUGUUUGAAGUGGUGAGAAAGGAUGAAUAUAUAACCAUCGAAAAUUUAGGAGCAAGUUAUAAGAAGUUGAUGUCUCUGGAAUUAACUGACACUGAUAUAAGAUCAGAAUUUGAUUUAAAAUUCAAUACGAAAGAUGAAAUGCCUAUCUUCAAACUUGAUUAUAAUUAUUUCUAUCAUCUGCUUCAUAUAAUUAUUAUUUCUGGUACUGACAUUGUCCGACAAAUAUUUGAUGAGGCUAUGCCACCCACUCUUUUGAAAAAAGAACUGCUUAUACACAAGAAUGUGCUGGAACCCUACUACAAUCAUCUUUGGACCAAUCACCCUUUGGGUGGAUCAUGGCAUCUGCUUUAUCCCCCAAACAAGGAACUACCACAGUCCAAACAGUUUGACUUAUGCCUCUUAUUAGCACUCAUUAAACAUCUGAAUGUAUUCCCUGCACCCAGAAAAGGCUGGGAUAUGGAACCACCGUCUUCUGAUCUCUCUAAGUCUGCAGACAUUCUGAGGCUCUGCAAGUACAGAGAUAUCCUCCUCAGUGAGAUUCUGAUGAAUGGUCUCACUGAGUUACAGUUCAAUUCAAUUUGGAAAAAAGUUUCUGAUAUUCUUCUGCGCCUUGGAAUGAAACAAGAGGAUAUUGACAAAGUCAAGGAGAAUCCUAUUGAGAAUAUCUCCCUUGAUUAUCAUCAGCUGUCCAUUUAUCUAGGCAUACCAGUACCAGAAAUCAUCCAGAGGAUGUUAUCCUGCUAUCAACAAGGAAUUGCUCUACAGUCAAUAACAGGCACACAACGUAUUGAUAUAGAAGAGUUACAGAAUGAUGAAGAAGAGUUGAGUCCACCUCUAAUGGAAUACAGUAUAGAUGUGAAAUCAAACACUGAAAUGCAGUUAGCAGAACUAAAUAAAGAUGUAGCCUCAAUACCUAGUGAAUCUUCAACAGAAUCUGUUAAAGAUCUUCAGGAGGUUAAAAGUAAAACAAAGAAAAAGAAAAAAACUAAGAAUAAAAAGGAUAAGGACUCAGAAGAAGAACAAGGCUCAUAUACAGUAGAUAAGGAUGACCAGCUGGAAACAGAACAAGGAGAUAUGCACACACUCAGUACAUACAUAAAAACUGAUGCAAGCGAUGCGCAAGAAGAUUCUGCAGCUGAGGACAAGUUCUGUAGUCUGGACGAACUGCAUAUUCUGGACAUGAUAGAGCAGGGCUCAUCUGGAAAGGAAAGUACAGACUGUAAAGAAACUGAAAAGGAAAGACUUGCUUAUCAGCACCAGCUUUAUAAAUUGCAGUAUGAGUGUGAAGAUUACAAAAGGCAACUGAAAACAGUGACAUUCAGGUGGCAUGAAAAUCAAAUGCAGAUCAAAAAGAAAGAAAAAAUUAUUGUAUCUCUUAACCAACAAGUGGCUUUUGGAAUCAACAAAGUGUCCAAAUUACAGCGCCAAAUCCAUGCUAAAGAUGAUGAAAUUAAGAGCCUUAAAGAUGAACUUUCCAUGAAAAGAUCUCAGUGGGAAAUGGAGAAACAUAAUCUGGAAAGCACAGUUAAAGCAUAUUUAAACAAACUGAAUGCAGAAACUAAUAGAGCCUUAACAGCUGAGGUAUACUUCUUACAGUGUCGUAGAGAUUUUGGUUUACUGCACCUCGAGCAGACAGAAAAGGAGUGCCUCAAUCAACUCGCCAGGGUGACUCACAUGGCAGCAAGCAAUCUAGAAUCACUUCAAUUAAAGGCUGCUGUGGAUAGCUGGAAUGCCAUUGUGGCAGAUGUUAGAAACAAGAUUGCGUACCUGAGGACACAGUACAAUGAACAAAUCAAUAAGGUGAAACAAGGGUUUGCCUUGAGUACCUUGCCUCCAAUCCAACUUCCCCCACCACCACCAAGUCCUGAGACACUGAUACAGCAGUUCUUAGGAAGACCCCUUGUGAAGGAAUCUUUCUUUAGACCCAUACUUACUGUUCCUCAAAUGCCUGCAGUUUGCCCUGGGGUUAUUUCUGCAGCUGUACAGCCUAGACCGCCCCUGAUGCCUGGUAUAACCUGGGCUAUGCCAACGCCUAUAGCUGAUACUGUGUCACCCAGUGCAAGUCUGUGCAGUGAACCUCUCAUGAUAAACUGGGAGAGGAUUACAGACAGACUGAGAAUGGCUUUUCCACAGCAAACAAGGAAGGAGCUUACAGAUUUCUUAAAACAGCUCAAGGAUUCUCAUGGGAAGUCCGUGUCUCGACUUACCUUUGAUGAAAUUGUUUACAAGAUUGCUCAAAUGAUUGAGCCCAAGAAAUCUGAGAGUGAAGAAAAAUCUGCGCCAGAUGGUAAUAGUUCAUCACCCAGCCACACUUCAUCGCAGCCUAGUGCUCCCCAGACCCCCAAGUCACCACAAGGUUCUACCACAUGGGAAGGAGACAAGGACUUGGAUAAUGAAGAGGAAGAAGAGGAGCCCUGUGUAAUCUGUCGUGAAAAUUUGUCUCCAGAAAACCUUUCUGUUUUACCUUGUGCUCACAAAUCUCACUCUCAGGUAAACAUUUAAGCUUGUCCUGUUAAUAUUUUAGCAUUAGUCAGCUAAGCAAGCUUACUGCCUUGCUUACAAGGUGUAUCAGCAUCCAGUGUCAUUUCACAGCCCCACUGGCCAUCACUGCACUUCCUUCUCUGAGUGCCAUGCAGAACGUUUACAUCUUUCACUGCAGUCAUGGCUGGACUACUGUUUUCAGGAGGACAGCCUGGAGAUUUAAAUGGUAUACAGUAUACAGUUUCCUUGAGCAAACUAGGAGAAAUAUUCAUUGAUAAAGCAAUUGAGUGACUAGUAACAAAGAAGUGACAUUUUACCCUUCCUUGCUGUAAAUUCUACAGUGUCUAUUGUCCAUAUGUAAUAAUGGCCCCUCGCAUUUUAAAACUGACUUGUUUUAGUAAUCUAACCUCUUGUGUUUAUGUUUGAAGACUCUGAGACUUGGAUUAAUAUUAGAAAAAUGUGAGGCCGACAUAUCUUUUGUGUUCUUACUAUGUAUAUGGAUUAACUCCUGGUGCUGCUGCUGUGUAACUGUUACUGAUUACAAUGUAUGGUCCAAAUCCUUUGGGGGAAAAUGUGAUUCAACAACAGAAAAGAUAAUCUUAGACAAGAAGUGUUUUUCUUGGGGAAGUAAACAAUUGCCUGAUUUUUUCCAACCAUGUUAUAAAGAUAAAAUAUGUGGUACAAAAUUAUGUGUGUUGUCUGCUUUGAUCUGAAGAGGUUUGAAAAAUUGUUAAUCCCAUAAAGUCUCCAAAAUGACACUUAGCCACCCAGUUUUUCCAUUUUGAAAGUUUAAUGUGUGAAUAUUUUACAAUAAGAAUGUUUGUCAAAACUUACUUGCCAUUGCCCAGUGAAAAGGAAAUAUAUAAUUCAUUCCGUUUACUCUUCAAGGUUAGUUAUUAGACAUCAAAUAUAGUCCCUACACUUUUAAUCCUGUUAUCUGAUUUGCCUCUCCAUUAUUCAAACAUCA